AUGAAAAACCUCACUACAUUGACUGAGUUCAUCCUGUUGGGACUGACAGAUGCCCCUGAGUUCCAGGUUGUGAUUUUCCUCUUUCUCCUCCUCACCUACAUGCUUAGUAUCAUUGGCAACCUGACCAUCAUCAUCCUCACGCUAUUGGACUCCCACCUCCAAACUCCCAUGUAUUUCUUCCUUCGGAAUUUUUCCAUCUUAGAAAUUUUCUUCACAUCUGUUUUUACUCCCAGACUGCUGUUCAGCAUCUCAACAGGGAACAAAACCAUCAGCUUUGUUGGCUGCUUCCUUCAGUACUUUUUUGCCAUAUUUUUGGGGGCCACUGAAUUUUACCUCCUUGCCGCUAUGUCCUAUGAUAGGUAUGUCGCCAUCUGCAAGCCCCUGCAUUACACAACCAUCAUGAGCAGCAGAGUCUGCAUCCUACUAAUUCUUUGUACUUGGCUGGCUGGGUUAUUGAUUUCUGGCCCAGCAGUUCUACUGGCAGGUAGUCUGAACUUCUGCUCCUUCAAUACCAUGGAUCAUUAUUACUGUGAUACUGUUCCACUUUUGAAACUCUCCUGUUCAGACACAGGUCUGACUGAGCUACUCGAUACUCUCUUAGCCUCAGUGACACUUCUGCUAACUCUAGUGCUGGUGCUUCUCUCCUAUACAAACAUCAUCCGUACAAUUCUAAGAUUUCCUUCUGCUCAACAGAGGAAAAAGGCUUUUUCUACUUGUUCCUCCCACAUGAUUGUCAUCUCUCUCUCUUAUGGAAGCUGCAUGUUUAUGUACAUUAAUCUCUCAACAAAAGACAUCAGCUUCCAUAAGGGAGUAGGUAUCCUCCAAACUUCAAUUGCUCCUCUCCUAAAUCCCUUCAUUUACAGCCUAAGGAACAAACAAGUGAUCCAAGCCUUCAAGGACUUGAUCCAAAAGAUCACAAGUCAUGGAUGA